GUCUGCCUGGUGCUACUGAGAGGACAAGUGUAGGAGUAGACGGGUGUCCCGUUUGAGUUUAUAACUCACCGACGCAAAUAUAUUAUCAAGCUCUUUCGCCACUCUCCGGAAGAUCGGAAGCGGCGAGUAGUUUUCUCCCACUGGCCCUGGAAAAAGUUCAAAAAUGGCGAAGGUUUUAAUUUUCGACAUCUGUCUAAUGUUGCUCCUGUCCCGCGUUGAGUCGUGUUUUAUCCCUGGUUCUCUGUACGUACUUGUUCCACAAACGAUUCCGGCUGGAUACCAAAUAACUAAAGUUGCGGUGGCCGACUGCGACACCAAAUCAUUGCACUUUAUUUCAAGAGACCCAAGUUUUACUGUCAGUGGUGAUGGUGCAGUAGUAGCUGUGAGUCCAGUGUCAGUAGCUGCAAGAGGGCGGACAUUUUCUGUGUGGGCUCAGGACAACAGUGGACCGGAAAGUGAGAUGGAAGUCCACCUUGUUCACAGUACAAUGCAUGAGAGACAAAGAGAGCAAACAGGCAAAGGCUUCCUGAAGAGAACCAAAAGGCGCUGGAGUCCUCCUCCCUUCAACAUAAUAGAGAAUGAUAAGGGGCCUUAUCCAAAAGAGAUUGAGAAGAUUGUAUCGGAUUCAGAAGCCAAAUACCCUGUGUACUACACUCUCAGUGGCCCUGGUUACAAUGAGGCACCAGUGGGAGUGUUCAGUUUCGAUGGUAAAUCUGGGAUGUUGUCUGUGCUCAAGGAGGUUGAUCGUGAAGCAUACCCAUAUUUUAUUUUAACCACCAGAGUUUUCGACAUAACGACUAAUGUGGAGACAGAUUUACCUUUGGACAUCCGAGUAGAUGUAGAUGACGAGAAUGACAAUUAUCCACAGUUCAAAUAUCCACUGGAGUAUAAUGUUUUUGAGCAAUGCAAAGCAGGGACAGUGGUGGGGAUGGUGGAAGCUACAGACAGAGAUAAACCAGGAACUCUCCAUGUCAAGAUCAGGUAUACUCUCUUGACUGGAUUAGACCUGUUUGCCAUCCACCCAAACACAGGUGUCAUCACCACAGUAACUAACACUCUGGACAGAGAGGUGAAAGACAAACAUAUGGUGGUAGUACAAAUCAAAGAUUGGGAUGGUGCAGCAAAGGGUCUGGCCACCACUGGCACAGCAACCAUAAGUCUGUCUGAUAUCAACGAUAACCCACCAACCUUCAAAAAAACAUCUUAUGAAGUCAAUGUCAAGGAAAAUGAAAGCGAAAAACUUGUCCUCCGAAUUCCUGUUGACGAUAAGGAUCUAAUAAACACACCAAACUGGAAAGCCAAAUUCGUCAUCACCAAAGGAAAUGAAAAUGGAAAUUUCAGAAUCGAUACAGACCCCAAAACUAAUGAGGGGCUUCUGUACAUCUCAAAGCCCUUAGAUCAUGAGAAGGCCAAAAAUGUAAAGCUUGAAAUUAUGGCACGUAAUGAAGCUGACCUGAAUGGCACGGUGGCCCAGUGGCUGUCCAUCCCUGUGGAUGUGACUGUCAGCGAUAUUGAUGAAGGCCCAGAAUUCACAGCACCUACUAUCCGCUUCACCGUCAAAGAGAACACACCGAAUGACACACUGAUAGGAAGUUACACAGCUGUAGAUCCUGAGACCAAGAGCAGCGCCGGCAUCAAGUAUUAUAAGGUCACAGACCCAGGCUCCUGGAUCAGUGUUGACAGAAAUACCGGUGAGCUGAGGGUUGCAAACACAAUUGACAGAGAGUCGGAGUUAGUCGACAAUGGAAUUUACAACAUCACCAUGAAGGCUGUGGAUGCAAGUUCAAAGACAGGCACAGGAACAGUCAUCAUUCAGGUGGAAGAUGACAAUGACAACAAGCCAAUGCUCCCUACCACUGAAAGGGUGUUGUGUGAGAAGGAAGGAGAACUUAGCUCUUUGGUGGUUGUAGCUGAAGACUUAGACCAAUCUCCUUAUUCCAGCCCUUUCAUCUUUACUUUGGUAGACGAUCCCGAUGGCAAAUGGUCUGUGAAAAGAUUUAAUGACACAGCAGCUACAUUGCAGCAAAUGAAAGAGCUUCCUACAGGAGUACACAAAGUUACGUUGGAUGUUAAAGAUCUGCAGGGCGUUGGUGAAAAACAGACGGUGAGAGUGAGGAUCUGCCAGUGCAGGAAUGGAGCCUGCUUGACCAAGCCAAGCUCUGUGUCAUUAGGGCCACUGGCUUUGUUGGCAAUGCUGUUGCCUCUGUUCCUCCUCUUGCUACUCGGCAUAUUACUUGCCCUUUUCUGUGUGACAAAGAAAGACAAGCUGGCUGUUGACGAUACAGAAGGCAGUGGUGGAAUCCUGCUCGCAUCAAACACUGAAGCCCCAGGAGAAGAAGUGGAUUCAAGUCUGAUCAUUGUCCCCAGCACUGGUGUUGAACAAGCAGUGAAAGGCUCAGCUAAGGGUGCUUUGCUUAAUGCAGGAUGGAUAGGGAACAAGAGCUCCAGCACAAUUGGAGGCCAAAGCAUGCACGAGAAUGGGCUGUAUAAGUCCGGUGCUGUUACGAGCGGUAUGCAAGACUUCUAUUCUUCUGGCCAGUAUGAUAGCCAGUAUGCUACUCAACAGUUCAGUGGAGGUCACGUCGUUGGUAGUGGCGUGGGCUUUGACAACAGACACCUCAUCCAGGACUCAGCAUUUCUCCACACCUGGCAAACAAAUGGCUGCUAUAUAGACCAGAAGCUGACCUAUCUUGGAACAGAAGAGGACGGACGGUACGCUGACGACAUCAUCCACUCCUACGGGUUUGAGGGGGUGGGCUCUGCGGCCGGCUCUGUGGGAUGCUGCAGUAAUGUCGGCGACGAAGAUAACCUUGACUUUCUAAACACACUUGGACCAAAGUUCAAAACUCUAGCGGGCAUCUGCACAAAGACAUGAGCAACGCAGCUGAAAAUAAUGGUGUUUACUCUACAUUGUACAGGAUGUUGAGAGGCCUGGGAUCUGAAUGCUUGGUUUGCCCCUGAUCAUGAAUGUAAUGAGAAAAAAGAACAAAGUCAGUGUGAGCUGGGUGUUGCUUUUGUUGUUUUCUUUCCUUUGCUGCUUUUUUUUUGUUAAGUCUUUUGCACUGAAAACUAUGCAAACGCAAUCAGUUGUACAUUUAUUGCUUUGUGUGUUUGUCUUAUUCAAACUGUUGCAGGUUAAUAUUAGUUGAUAUAUGCAGUAAAGGGCUGCAAGGGUUUUUAUCAAGUAGUAACAACUUUGGGUGUUUUGGGUAUAACUAAAAAUCUGUGUUCAAAGUGAAUGAUACAGUUUUAUAUAUGUCUAGGUUUUAAAAAUAGUCCCCAAAUUUGAAUAGUUUUGAUAUUUUUUCUAAGAAAUAAAUGCUUAAAUAA